CAGCAGAACGAACGGAAGCCUCUGGGGGCUACACAUUGUUCUAUUUGCCAGAUCGCUUUCAGACAUGGAGCACAGGAACCUCCAAUCUCUGGAAAUGCGGGAAGGUCAGGACCUUGCUGCCAGUAGGGUGACAUCAGCAGGGCCCUUGCCCUUUCCAGUACCUAGAAUUCAAAAGAAAAUGAAGUGUAUAUCAGCCUGCGCUUCAGUAAACGCUGUCAUGCUCAUAUUGGCACUGGCUGGACUUGCUUUUACCAUAAACAGCUUGCACAACCUGCACCAAGAAGUAACCCAAAUGAACCAGAUCAACAGCAGUCCGCAGAACACACCACAGAAGCUUACUGGAACUGCAAAGAAGAGCGAGGCAGAGGGUGACAUUAAAAGGGCCGCUCAUCUUACAGGGAAGGCAACGGCUGGUCAUUCCAAUAGAUUGAUGUGGGAGAUUCAGAUGGGCAAUGCUUUUAUACAAGGGCUUGCAUACAGGAAUGGAACACUGAUCAUCAAUAAAACUGGAAAAUACUACAUUUAUUCAAAAAUCUACUUCCGAGGAAUAAAAUGCCCUCAGAUGCCAUUGCACCAAACCAUUCUUAAACACGAUGCCACUUACCAGCUCGACCAGACUCUGAUGAGAGUGCAAGAGAUGAACUUCUGCAGUGGCCAUGGAUUUUGGGGGAAGACCACAUUUCAGGCUGGAAUAUUUCACCUGAGAGAAGGAGUUGAGUUGUUUGUUCAAGUCUCGGAUCCAACAAUGGUCAGUGCUGAUGAGCUUAUGACCUUCUUUGGAAUCUACAAGAUUUAGAUCAUGAUUUCAAGGUGCAUAUGACCUUGACAUGUAGUGAAGGCCUAGCAGUCAUUGCGACAGCAAGGAAGUUGAAAAGUUUCACAAUGCUUUGACCACAAGAUCAUUAUUUCCUUUGCAAACUACAAAAAUCAUUGCAAGCUAUGUAUUAUUUAGAAAACAGGAGAAAUGCUUUUGUAAUCCAUUUAUCGAAAUAUAAACCUCAGUGUGUUUCUCUUAUUUUCAAUAUUCACUUCUGCCUUUAAGCUGAAUUAAAAUUUAAACGUGUGUAGCCAUUAAGCGCCUCAUACUUCCUGGCUGUAUCUGGACAAUGUGUUCAGUUGUUUCUUUUUUUUUACCAGCAGUCAGCUAAAGAAAUGGUCAUCAAAUUUAAAGCCAGUACCACAGGUGUUCAUAUCAUUAGUACACAAAUCUAAUAAGUUUUCAUUAAUUUCAGUUUUGAUAUUUUAAUCCUCAGCAGAUUUGGGAAGAAUGAAUCGAAUCCCAGACUUUCACCAUCUUUUGUUCGAGGAACCCUGAAUAUUCCCAGCUCUAAUAUUUGUCCUUUAAGUGUUUCCCACAUGAGAAUUGUUCUCUCACUCCAUCCAGUAUUUAACAUUGCAAUGGAGGUUGUGUAUUUGAACCUUCCCUAACUGAGGGCAGUCAGGCCUCUUAAUUAUCUCCAAGUGAAGAUAGAAGCACCUGUUGCCUUGGCAAUGGAGUUUGCUUUAAAAUCCCUUCUCCUUACAGCCAUUCAUAGCUUCCCAUACAGAACAGAAGCAGACCCCACUUUUGCAUCAGCAUCAUGCACUGAAUCAGUGCUUUGCAUUAUUAAACAGUCUGAGUAUCAAAUGUGUUUGCCAAACUGAAGUUGUGAAAUGUUCUUGAUCGUUGCUCUUUGGUUGAGUUAAGACAUUAAAGGUGUAACUUCUAUUGUUUUAAUUUUGCUUUUAUUGCACAGUUCACAAGUUAUAUUUAGUAUCAAAUUCAUAAUACCUGCAAGUAUUCCUGUAAAAAAGCAAAA